AUGAUAGAAGAAUACAACAUCCAGCUGAACCCAAGAAUGAUUGCUAGGGCCCUUAAAGUUGCUAGGAAAGUUGUUAUUGGUAAUGCAAGGGACCAAUAUGGAAAAGUGCGUGAUUAUCUGAAUGAACUGCAUAGGAGUAAUCCGGGCACAACAGCAUUAGUGGAGACAAUUCCCCAGCCAGUUUCUUUUCCACUUUUUGAUAAGUUGUAUGUAAGUCUGAAUGCAUCUAAGAAGGGGUUUGAAGAGGGUUGCAGACCUCUAAUCGGCUUAGACGGAUGCUUUCUGAAAGGGUACUAUGGCGGCCAGCUCUUAAGUGCGGUUGGGCAAGAUGCCAAUAACCACUUCUUCAUCAUUGCAUUUGCAGUUGUCGCUAACGAAUACAGAGACACAUGGAAAUGGUUCUUGACACUCUUACAGGAGGACUUGGGAGAAGUGACACAGUUUGGCUGGAAUUUCAUUUCGGACCAGCAAAAGGGUUUGGAGCUGGCUAUAAAAGAAGUUAUGCCUAAUGCACACCACAGGAACUAUGUGCUUCAUAUUUGGAAGAAUUUUAUAAAGCAUUUCAAGGAUCAGCAAACAAAGAAUCUGGUAUGGGAAUGUGCACGAUGCACCACUUUCCAGGAGUUCAACACUGCAAUGGAAAAAAUGAAGAAAGUUAACACUGGAGCUUGGGAGUAUCUUCAAAGGUUUGAGCCUGCAGUGUGGACUAAGGCUUACUUCAGCCAUGGUCCUAAAGUUGACAACAUCACAAACAACAUGUGCGAGGUAUGGAAUGCGAAAAUUGUCGAAUACCGUGGGAAACCAAUUCUUUCUAUGUGUGAGGACUUACGUUGCUACCUGAUGAGAAAAAUGGCCACACAUAAAAGAAAGUUGGAGGCUUGUUCUGGUGUAUUGGCCCCUGUGCAACAGAAAAAUUGGACGAAAUUAUUAAGCCUAGUGCCAAUAAGUGGAGAGCAAUUUGGGCCGGAGAUAGCAACAAAGUUCUGUUUGAGGUGCAUAGGGGAAACCACAAGGCAUGCGGUAGCAGCCAUGUACAAGAUUGGCUUGAAGCCAGAGGAUUUUGUACAUAAAUGGCUGACAAUGGAGUCCAUUAGGGCCACGUACAAACAUUGCAUCAACUCUGUGAACAGUGAGGAGUACUGGAUUCCAUCUACUGCAGUACCAUGUGAUCCUCCACCAAUAAAGAGACCUGCACACCGCCCAAAAAUGAAAAGAAAAGUGGAUCCAGUUGAGAAAGAAAUGCACCCAAACAAGGCAAAGAAGACUUUUGAAGUCACAUGCAGUAAGUGUGGCGAAACUGGGCAUUACUACAAGACCUGCAAAAAUCAAGCUAAGGACCCAAACUGGACACCAAUGACCAAGAAAGAGAGAAGGGCUGCUAAGUUGCAGAUUGUAGUCACCAAUGUCCCCAGCCAGAACACACCUCAGGGUGUCAGGCCUUCUGCUCCACCAAUGGAAAACCAAUUUGCUCAAUCACCAAUGGGAAUCAGGCCUUCUUUUCCACCAACACCAAACAGCAUAUCCACGGAGACAAUGCAGGCAGCAAGUUCUGUGACUGCUUCAAGGCUUUUCAAGUUUAUUCCAACUCCUGGGUUCAUUCCACCAAGAAAGAAAUAA